CAACAACGAAAAUAAUCUGGUGCUGUUGUUGCGGAUGUGUGAACAAAUUUUUGUGAAUCUAAUAAAAAAGCAAUUUUAUAAGCUGCAAAAAUAUAAUAAUGAAAUGGGACUGGAACGCAUAUUAACUUAAAUACUUAGAAGUUGUGAAUACUGUCCCAUAAUAAAGUUGGAAAAAAUUGCGUUCCAUAUUUUUCAGCUAUCCAUAGUAUAUGUGAAUUUCAAAGUGUAUUUGGCAUUGUUAUUUGAAAUUAUUUUAUAAGCUCGAAUUAUAUAGUUCGACCAAAAACGUUACGGAUGAAUUGAAUUUCAUUUUCUACAUUAAUAAAGCCGAACUUGGCGUCCAUAUAUUCGUUUAUAUUCUAUCUUAACAUAUACAGAAACAUUCACGUAUAAUCGUCAGCGCCCCUUCUAGCAACAUUAAGAAUUGUUGUUAGUGGCAAAACCUUGCAGCUGUUUAUCAUAAAGCGGGCUGGUAAAAGGACGUUCUUAUAUCGUGUUGUAUAUUUUUCAUAAAACCGUGCCAAUAUAAGCACUGUGUGCGCAAAAAACUUAAGGAGUAUAAAAUAGUUUCUUUAGCCUCUGGAUCGAGAUUGGUGUUCAUCAGUAGCAAAGUGUUUAACAAGAUUCUCUUCCACCUCUAUACUGUAUUAUAAGAGAACGUAUUAGGAACGAUGACGAUUCCGUCGCGUCCAGCUCCUGCACCACCCGUAGCCCGCGGUCAAAAUGCUGCCGCCGGUGCCAAUGCUAGUAUCGAGCAACUACGCUUACAAUUACAACAACAACAGAUACAUCAGCAACAGAAUCGUGGUGUACAGAAAAUGACUAUAAAUCUACCACCACCACCGAAAGGUACAUCUGCAACGUCCAUGCCAAAUCGCAACAACAGUAUCAGUAGUAACAACAACCAACAACACAGUUUCAACAUGGACAGUAAUCAGUCAGCUAUAACACGGAAAUUUCCACAAGCACGCUACACGCCCACCACAAAUUGGGAGGAUGACCCUUUCGGCGCAAAUGCGGCAGCCGCAGUUAAUGCUAAUGGCAAUGGAAAAAAGAUUCCACCGCCACGUCCGCCACCACCAAAAGUGCAUGUAAAUGGUCGAAAAGCACCUCAGCCACCAACCACGCACACAACAAAAUUGUUAAGUAACAUUUUCAGGAGCAAAAAAAACAGCAGCAGUAGUAUUAGCAACAAUAACAAUAAAGCAAAUAAGAUAUAUGGUGUCAGUAGCGGAGUUUAUGCCAUACACAACACAUCUGUGACAACAACAAACAGCACUAGCAGUAGCACAACUACGUGGAGCAACACAAGCAGUGCUACAAAUGGUAAUGGCAACAGCCACAGUUGGCAGGCUAAUUGGAAUAGCAGUUACUCGUCCACAUCACUUACGUCUCUUGGUGGUGUAAAUGCAGGUAGCGCUGGUGCGCCGAGCACAACAGAAGCACAGCUGAUCAGCUUCGAUUCACCACCAAGUUCGCCAACAUUCACACAGAAAUCAAACAGCGAUUGCCUCAGCGUUGAUAGUUUCAGUUCGGACUCGAAUUUCAGUUCGCCCAACAAUGGCAGCGUUUCCCAACCGGAAAGCGGUUUUGAGGAUGACUUUGGUGCGCGCAGUCGUCCAGCCACCACCAGUCCUCUAGAUCCUUGGGAGGCUUUUGAUAGCGGUUUCAAUACUGCCGUCGACAGUAUUUACGGUAGUACAGCAGCAACCAAUAGCAUAGGUACUGCACCAGUGCGCAAUCUCAACACAAUCAAUUCGCGCAUCCAAUCAAGCAAUGACAAUCCCCUAUGUAAUGGGAAGAGUCUUUUACCGCCUACGCCCAUGCUUAGUGCACCAACUAUUAUCAAACCAAAAGUAUCACAGAAGCCACGUGCACCCAAACCGCCGGGGCUGCAGAAAUCACAGUUCACACAUAGUGGAAAUGAUACACUACCAACGCCGCCAUCGCCACCAAUGCCGAUAUGUGCGCCACCACCGCCACCGAAUGGUGUAUCAUUACUGGACGUCAUAUCUGGCAAAGCGGAUGCAUUGCAAUUGAGUGGAGCUGUUAAUGGUGAAUUGGGCUUUGGUGCUGGCGUAGAGGAAACUAAACCGCAUGGUGUAGCGCUCUACGACUUUGAUGGCGUCGAAGAGGGUGAUCUAAAUUUUCGGGCGAACGAGAAAAUCUAUAUCUUGGAACAGGCGAGCGCUGAAUGGUAUCGUGGUCGAACGCGCUCAGGCUGUGAAGGUAUUUUCCCUAUAAAUUAUAUCGAUGUCAAAGUACCGUUAGUAGAGCAAAAUGCCAUAACCAAACCGAUACGUGUACGUUGCCUCUACAAUUUCCCAGCUGAGUACGACGGUGAUUUGGCUUUAAAGGAGAAUGAAAUGGUGACUAUACUCUACAAAGUUAAUGAAGACUGGCUUUAUGGUGAAGUUGAUGGCCGACAAGGUCAAUUUCCUGCGAAUUUCAUUGAAUAUUUACCCGAUAACAUACCGAUGGCAUAAGCAGGAUGUUUGAAAUGUAUUACUCUAGUAUAAAAUAUUGCAUGCAUACAUAUAUACACAUAGAAACGAUGAUAACUAUGAAAUGCCCAAAAUGCUACGCACUUAAAUAAUUUAUAAAUUUGAAAUACCUUUUAUACAGCACAUUUCAGUCGGCGCAUUUUAGUGCUCGUAAUUUAUAUAAAAAAUGUACUCGCGGAUUUGUUGUGUCUCGAAAACCUUGGGAUGACGAAAAAGAGUGUUUUGCUACUUGGAAUUGAAUAUAAUAUAGAAAUUUCUGAGAUAUGAAGAACAUGUAAACAGUUUAUUUAAAUAUAUUAGUCUACAUUUAUAAUAGUGUUUUACACGCAUAAAAGCUAAACAAGAGAAACUGAAAAUGCGAUACGCAUGUGUUGUAUGUAUGUACUUUAAGUGAUUUAAUGUAUAAAUAGUGCACUGUAAUGGUACUAGUUCUUAACCAAAACAAUAUUCAAAUCAAACAUCACACUAAUUGUCAUAUAAAACAACUUUUUCCAACACAAAAACUGAAAUACCGUUAACGAUAAAUAAAUCUUUUUAUA